AUGGUCAAACAAAAAGGAUUGGAUAAGAAUGAGAAGAUAAAGAUGUUAGAGAAACUUCUGGAUGAGAAGGAGAACGUAAUCAAAGAGCUGGCGGAAAAGCAUCAGAGAGACCAGGAGGAGAGAAUCGCGGUUUUGAAGAAACUUCUGGAAGAAAAAGACGACGUAAUCAAGCAACAGGAGGAAAGAUUAGAGGAGCAUACAGUGAGAAUUAGAAGCCUUCAAAUUGACCAGCAGGAGACUCCAGAUGAAAACCCCGAAAAAAUUCCAGACGCCCUAUACAAACUUCAAGCUAUCAACGGAGUCCUUCAUAGGCAACAGCCGAUAUCUAAAUGCACGGAAACCACAAAUCGAGUAAUCAUCAACACUAACAAAAAGGAAAUCAGAAGAAUUGCUGAAACUGAAAGGACAAGAUUCUGGGAAGAGCCAAAUGCUUAUUCGGAAACUGUGGAAAAUCGGAUCGCCAUGAUCCAAUACAACCAAUUCGAAACUGCCGAUGAGAUUCCAGCACUUCCUAAUUUUCCAGUAUUCUCACCAGAAUUUUUGAAAGUUUAUGAGGUCACUAUGAAGUCGAAACCACCACUGAUCUGCUCACAACUCCAGAAGACGUCAGAAUUGAACCCAGAAGAACUGGAAGACGACGAGUGUGUGAUCUGUCUAGACCUUAUAGAACUAGAAGAUGAAACCGAGAUGUGUGGAGUGUGCAACAGUCACAAGAAAUGCAUUCAGGAUUGGAUGGUGUUGAACAGGACUUGCCCGAGUUGCAGAGCUGGAAUUGUGGACAAUCGAGAAUUUCCAUCAUUGGGUUAA